AUGAGAACGUGUCGUGGGAGGAUAUUGAAGAUUUUGAGUCCGGCUGGCAUCUAUGAAAAUUUGAGUGCUGCUGAUGAUGAUCAAUUCGAAGGGGAAAUUCGGCAAAUGGAAUACUCCGAUUUGGAGCCUCACGUCUACGAGGGCGGCUUCAAGGUUUGGUAUCAAUUUUUAAAGCGAGAAGUUCUAAAAUUUUUUCAGAAAAAGCUCCCGGAGGGCGUUGAAAAAAAUCAGCCUUUGAAAAAGAGUUUUUUUCUCUUUUAAAUUAAUUUUUGAGAAGAGGUUUUUGUAUUAAAUAGCUCCUUUGGGAAUUUUCGUUACACCCACAUUCCAGACCCCCCAUCAUUCUAAUUCUUAUCAUUCGUAGUUAACUUUGAUGUGGUGGGGGGCUAUUCAAAAGUAUGUGGGAUCGAUUCUGGAUUGUGGGGGCUAAUCCGAACAAGGCUUGCAAUGUGUUUAUUUCAAAAUGGGGGUGGUUCUUGAAAAGUGCCUAGGCAUUCUAGAACCAGGGGGCGAUUCUAGAAUAAGAUAUAGUCCUCCCCCAUUUUCAAAAUUGGGGAAGUGAUUCUGAAAAGUUUGCCUAGGCAUUCUAGAAUCAGGGGCGAUUCUAGAACAAGAUAUAGUCCCCUUUUAUCAAGCCCCCACUGAAAAUCCUUUGAUUUCACCCCCUCACCAGUCGAAAUUUGCCUUGUUGUGGAGCUUAAUCGGACGCGCGGGGGAUGAAAUUUCCUCCCUCUUUUUCCAUUGGAAGUUUUUAAGCUGAUUUUUUCAUUGCACUUGACAUGCAAAUCAAAAACAUACUAAAAAAAGUUUUUUUCUUUUUCUCUUUUUAAUGGUUUUCAAUGAAAGUUUAUAGUGAAAAUUGGGAUUUUCAUGAAAUUUUUCAAAUUUUGUAGUCAUACUUUUGAGAAAAAAAGUUUCGCUUUUUUUCUAAAAAAUUUAUCAAGUUUUCAAGGUCUGGGAAAGCACCGGGGACAUGAUGGACUACCUUGAGAACAAUAGCGACCGGGUCCAAGGGACCAACCUUCUGGAGGUUUUUUGGAUCUUAUUGAUGUUGAAAAUCGAGUUUUAGCUCGGAUGUGGCUCUGCGAUGCCUGCUAUCUUCUCCGUCAUGCUCGGCGCCAAAACCGCCACCAUUCAGGAUUUCGUUCGUUUUUGAACUGAUCUGACCUGUCUACGCUCUCUUUUCUCUCGUCGACGUGUUUUUUUAACGAUCUGACCUGUCUACGCUCUCUUUUCUCUCGUCGACGUGUUUUUUUAACGAUCUGACCUGUCUGCGCUCUCUUUUCUCUCGUCGACGUGUUUUUUUAACGAUCUGACCUGUCUGCGCUCUCUUUUCCCUCGUCGACGUAUAAUUUUUUUUGAAGCGAUCUGACCUGUCUGCGCUCUCUUUUCCCUCGUCGACGUAUAAUUUUUUUUGAAGCGAUCUGACCUGUUUGCGCUCUCUUUUCUCUCGUCGACGUGUUUUUUUAACGAUCUGACCUGUCUGCGCUCUCUUUUCCCUCGUCGGCGUGCUAACUUUUUUUUUUGAUGAUCUGACCUGUCUGCGCUCUCUUUUCUCUCACCGUCUUGUUCUUUUUUCUUUUGAAGCGAUCUGACCUGUCUGCGCUCUCUUUUCUCUCGUCCAUGUGUUUUUUGAACGAUCUGACCUGUCUGCGCUCUCUUUUCUCUCACUGUCUUGUUAAUUUUUUUUAAAUUUAGUCUGACGUGUCUGCGCUCUCUUUUCCCUCAUCGGCGUAUUCAUUCAUUUUUUUGAAGCGAUCUGACGUGUCUGCGCUCUCUUUUCCCUCACCGUCUUGUUCUUUUUCUUUUUUUUUGAAGCGAUCUGACCUGUCUGCGCUCUCUUUUCUCUCAUCGGCGUGUUCAUUUCUUUUUUUGAAGCGAUCUGACCUGUCUGCGCUCUCUUUUCUCUCAUAGGUGGUUUCAUAUGAGUCUGAAAAGAGCACGUAAAAAUGAGAGCCAAUAGGUUAUAAAUGAAAAGAAACCUUUCUUGUCUCUAAUAUUGGCUUGACGCGUCGCGGUUUUCAAAAAAUGGAAUUCGGCCGACUAGAAAAUGCUGGUUUACUUAUUUUUCAUACGAAAAAUAUACGAAAUUUUAAAAAUUUCCUGAAGUAGUCAUUUUGGACAAGUGCGAAAGUACGUUCUUUUCUCGAAGACCCAGAGUUUUUUGAAGAGAACAUGAGUUAAAUAAAACCCCAUCUGAAGAGCCAUAAAGUAGAAAACUGAUAAGUGGUCGUUCACAUUUUAGAACCCUAAAAUGGUCCCUUCAGGGGUUAGGGGAGAAAACAGCCCCUUCAGGGGUGAAAUUUAAGCGAUCCCUAUAGGGAUUUGAUUACUCCGAAGAUCCUGAGUAUUUUGACAAAAAAGUGAAAAAAAUUCAAGAAAGUUUCUUUUUUGUAAAAAUAUGUAAAUGGUAGGUAAACGCAUCGCGACCGCAACGCGUCAAGCCAUUCCAAAAACUUUCCUGCCGUAAAACUUCGUUACCAGUUUUAUGAGGGCUCUGUUCAGAACCGAAGCGUCAUCCAGUGCUACACGGAGAAAAAUAUACUGCUGAAUAACUGCGACCCGAGGCGUUUCACAAUGGUAUUCUGCGACUGGAAAAGUGUGCCCGAGAUGCCGCAGUUCAAAAAGAAGUUGUGGGUUUUUUUGGAAUGAAAUUCUCGGGAAAAUGGCAUAAAAUACCCUCGUAAAGUUAUUUUUCGAAAUUUCGAAGGUUGAAGCUCUUAUUUGGGAGUGUAUCCAUGUGACAUUUCCGAAAAAGGAAAAAUUCUAGGAUUCUGAACUGGAAAAUGAACAUUUUCUUCACGCUAAACACCUGGGAAAAGCUGAAGUGUGUCCUAUAGGGAACCCCCUACAGAGGUAUACUGAAAGACCCCCUUCUUCGCUCCCUAUAGGGCCCCCUAAAUGGUCAUUUAGGACCCACUAUAGGGUGCUCGCAGGAAGUGAUUGGUAGGAAUUCUUCUUAUCUUGAUUCAUGAAGUUUUCUUCGAAUUUGGUUAAUAAUAAUAAUUUACUCAUCCACAAAGUGAAAAGAAUAAAUAAGGUUAAGAACCGGUUUUUAGGUCACCCUCACGAGUGACUUCACCGGAUAGGGAAUAAAUUAGAUAUCACAGUUGAUAAAAUACACGUAUAUGCAUAUUGAGAUUUUUUUGAGAUCAUAGUAGCCGUCUAGGGAUGCUGAUGAAUAAUUCAUUGUCGGGGAUGUUGUCCAGAUGAGAUUUGAAAAAUUUUAGGAGGAACAGAGACGUUGAAUCUAGAGCAGAUUUUUGUUCCAGAUUGGGAUCAGUUUUUGAAAAAGAAAGAAUCACAUAAAGGACCAGCCUGAAUUAACCGCAGAGGAUGUCGACCCGAAUGAGAGAUUCUGAAAAAAACCUGUGAGCGCUUGGAAAAUGAUCUAUCUUGAGGACAAUUUUUGUGAAGUGUGCAGAGUGCAAGAUUGAGUCUCCUUCUGUACAAAGCAUUAGUUUCGAGCUUGAGCAAUCUUUCAGAAUAUGAAUUGAAUCUUAAGUUUCUGCGCAUGAAAAUUUCUCUAGUGAAAUACCUAUAAGGUUUUUCGAGUAGAUAUGCCUGUUCGGAAUUUAUUGCGGGAUAGAAAACGUCACUGCAGUAGUCGAGGUGAGGUUUCACGAAUAGGUUGAAAACCAUAUUAUACUGUUGAAUUGUGAGACAACGAAAGCUUUUCAGAAUUUGUUUACUUUUGAGCAAAGAGGUGUUAACUGCUUUUGAAAUGUGAGAUUUGAAAAGUAGGGAACUGUCCACCAUGACUCCAAGAUCUCUGACAACUUCGGAAGAACUAAUAAAAGUGCCUUUAAUUGUAUAAACUGUCCUAGGAUUUGAUCUGCCUAGAUGGAGAGCUACAGUUUUGUUUUCAGCUAAUGGGAGUCCCCAUGUUUCGGACCACAUAGCAAGUUGGUUGAUUGCAUUUUGUAGAGCAAUUGGGUCAGAGGAGAAAAUUUUAAGAUCAUCAGCGAAUAGAUAACUGGAGACGUCAUCACUGAAAUUUGCAGCUAGAUCAUUUAUGAAGAUUAAAAACAAGAGAGGCCCCGUAACCGUCCCUGGAGUACACCAGAUUUGAUACUAAAAACUGUCGAAAGAAACCUGUCCAUCCAAUAAAACCCAAGAUUGACGUUCGGAAAGAAAAAUUUUUCGAACCAACCAACUAGUUGAGAGUUGAGACCAAAAAGCUCUAAGCUUGUCUAACAAAAGGUUAUGAGGGACAUUAUCGAACGCUUUUUGGAAAUCAAAGUAAAUAACGUCAAUAGAUCUACGCUCCUUGAGCAGUGCUUUCCAAUUGGAAACACAGUCGAGUAGGGCAAGUUUGCAGGAUCGAUUGUUGAGAAAUCCGAAUUGUUUAUCAGAAAAGGAAUGGCGAAAGGUCAUUUUAAUGUGGUUCGAUAGUAUUUUUUCCAUAACUCUUGCUAAAGGAUGGGUUAGCGAAAUAGGUCUAUAGUUGGCUGGGUCAGACUUUUUCCCUUUCUUGAAAACAGGUAUAAUGUAGGACUUUUUCCACAUACUAGGAAUGGACUUAGAAAAGUAAGACUCAUAAAAAAGCAACGAAAGAGGAACUGCCAAGGCAUCUUUACAUUUUUUAAGUAUAAAAAAGUUUAUUAAAUCAGGCGAAAAACCAAUUUUUGGGCUGAGUUUGGACAAAACAUUGCAUACCGUGCUAGGAGAGAAAUCGGGGUGGGUUAAAGAGUUCUCGCGUGAAGGGAAAAUACAAGGUGUAGCGUAGGUCUGAUGAUUCCUAUUUGAUUUAAAAGUAUUAAGAAAGGCUCUAGUUUUUUCAUCUGUAGAGGUGAGAAUGGAACCGUUAGUAACUAAGGAGGGGAUGUUGGUUUUUGGCUUGAAUUUUCCAGAAAUAAACCUCAGAAUACCGUUAUAAUUUUUAGAACUUACUACUUUCUUCUCGUUCUUUUUGAGAAACUUUAAAGCUUUUCUCCUCAUAAUACGAAUAAUUAAAGAAUUUUGAACUAAAGCUUGAUUGUUGGCAGGAUCGUUCGCACGCUUGAGAUAAGCUUUUUGUCGAAUCAGCCGCCUUAACCCACGGCAUGAGUUUAUUAGAGGUUUUUGAACAAGAAUGGGGCAACAUAAUUCAAUGAAUUCAUUGAGAACCUUAGUGAAGUGUUUGUACUUUUCUUCUAGUGAGGAAAAAUAGGAGAACUGUCGUGGCCAAUUAAAAGCACUUAUGAGAAAAAUCAAUCUAGGAACGUCGCAUUUUUUGUAGUUGAGUUUUUUACGCUGAGGAGCAACAUUUUCACUAUGAAUGUUGGAGGAAACUGAAAAUUCAACCGCUAGGUGGUCUGUUGUAAUAGGAGGUAUAAUUUUAUUGAAUGCGCUAAGACGGUCGGAGGAAUUAGUUAGAACUAAAUCUAGAAGAGUUUCAGUACCGCUGUUAUCAAGUCUAGUGUUGAAGGGAACCAUCUGUUCAAGAUUGUUUUUCUAAUGCAAAUUGGAAAAACAGUUGUUAGAGCUAUGUCUGUCAAUGGUGUCAAAACCCCAUUUUAUACGAGGUAGAUUUAGGUCACCUAGCAAUAUGUUAGCCUCACCAUCGAAACUGAAUGCUUUUUUUAAAUUCUCAAUUAGGGCUUUGUCAAAAAGGAGAGUCUGACCAGGGGCUCUAUACACUAGGCAGAAACGGAUUUUUGAUUUGUCCUCAAAGAUAAGAUCAAAGCAAAGCAACUCACAGAAGUGUUGGGGAUAGUGCUCAUUCAGGUCAACAUCCUCCUCAGCAAUUUGUAAAUUCUUUCUGAACAAAAACUGCAACGCCACCGCCGCAGCUUUUUGAAAUGGUCUGGACGACGAUCACAUCGAAUAUGAGAAUUGUUAGUAAGCAUUGAAUCAAGGGAAAAGAAUCAUUUAAAAAGGUUUCGGUAAUAAAAACAGAUGUCAUAUGAGUUGUGUUCUAGAAAAUCGACUAAAAACUGAAAAACUUCGCACUCGAUGCGAUAGAGCGACAAUUGAUGAGUAAACAUUUAACAUUAGAAUAUAUAUGAGAUUGAGCAAAAGAGUUAUAUAAAUUAGGCUGACUUAAGUCAUUUCUGUCUCAAGGAGACAUUGGUACAGCGUCGUCGGCAGCUUGAGCUGAAGCCGUAACAGGAGUCGGGGACGGCGCACCAGGUUCAGCUGAGGAGGAGACCACGAACGAACGACCAUUUCGAACUUUUCGAACUUGGUUCAUGCCGUGUUCAAAGUAAUUUCCGCGAAAUGCAAAAUACCCGUUAGAGAAAGGAAAAGAUCACUAAAUUUUGGAGAGUCAGAAAUCAUUUUGCAUUUCGCGGAAAUUACUUUGAACACGGCAUCAUUUUUAUUUCCAUUUUGACUUACUGGGGACUUUUUAGUGGCCACUAUAGGGUUUCGACGUUUUAGUGGCCAUUAAAGAAGUCAAAUUAGUGGCCACUUAAGGGGCUAAAAAUUAGGGGCCACUAUAGAGGUCUAAGUGUUACUCAUAGACCACUAAAAAUUUUAGUGGCCACUUAAGGGGUCAAUGGAUCAACAUAACUGGUCCAAUUUGUUUGUUUUAAAAUUAUCAGAGUUACUGGAAGGAAUACUGGAUGAAAAACUACUGAAGUGGCCACUAAAACGCAAAAUAGUGACCACUAUAGAGGUGGGUUUAGUGGCCGCUUUAGUGUCCUCUCCAAGUAUUCCUUCGCGAGCCUCUAUAGUGGCUACUAAAAGUUUUCUCAGUUUAUUAUCUAUGAGUAAUUCCCAGAAAUAAACUUUCUUUUGUUUCAGCUACGACCUGAUCAUCUCCUCGGAGACGAUUUAUAAUACAUCAGAUUAUCCGGCCUUCCACGCGGCUCUCGAUCAUUGCCUCUCUGAUCAGGGCGUCGUGUGAGUUUGUAUCAAAUUUCUUUGGGACCAAAAGAAAUUUCAAAUUUGUUUUCUGUAAGGUAUCUUGUAAGAGCGGCUUGCUGUGAAAUUCGGUCGAUUUUUCAUGCUUUUACAAGUUUUAGAAGGUUAAAAUGAAUUUUAGGGCUUUAGAAAUUGCAGGAAAGCCUAGGUAGUCAUGAGAAUUUUCGAAUUUUCCAUGUGCUUCAUUUCUAAAACUUCGUUUCCCCGUGAAAAACAGCUUCGCAGCCGCUCACGCGUUGAGCCAUUCUCCGUGCGACCAUUUGCAAAUCAAUAUAUCAAGUCAUUUUUUGUUUUUAGUCGUAGAUGUGAUCGACUAGGCGGUGAACAAGAACUUUUAAAGCUAUAACGAACAACCUUUGGCGAACUAGAAGUUUAAAAAGUGUAGUUGAUCAAAAUGAACCAAGAAGUCCAGACUUGUAGUUGAUCAAAAUGAACCAAAGAAGUCCAGACUUGUAGUUGCUCAAAAAUGAACCAAGAAGUCCAGACUUGUAGUUGCUCAAAAAUGAACCAAGAAGUCCAGACUUGUAGUUGAUCAAAAAUGAACCAAGAAGUCCAGACUUGUAGUUGAUCAAAAUGAACCAAGAAGUCCAGACUUGUAGUUGAUCAAAAUGAACCAAGAAGUCCAGACUUGUAGUUGAUCAAAAUGAACCAAGAAGUCCAGACUUGUAGUUGAUCAAGUUGAAAGCGUGGUCUUACGGUUCUUCGCCUCGAAGACUUCCCACGGAAUCAAGCAAAAUUUUCCUUUUUUAGCUGGCUCGCCGGCAAAAUCUUCUACUUUGGAGUCGGCGGCAGCUACCCGGACUUUCUCGAUUAUAUCAAUUUGGAGAAUAAAUUCGUCGUGACCAACAUGAAAACAAUCGAUGCCCCUAUCACAAGAUUCUUCAUCGAAAUGCGCCGAAAACAUCUUUGA